CUCGCCAUGGCGUCGUGUCUCUGCUCUCUCAGUAACAGAAAGUGGCCGCCUCUCUGCUGUUGCUGCCGACUCAAAGCUCACAGACUCGCUCGGCGCCUCAAACCGCCAUUUUGGAGUCAGAGAACCGAGAGUCGGCAGCAGCGGAGAGAGAGACGCAAAAGGGGACACGGGGCCGAGGGGACUUUCACCAUUGCCUGAUCAUUAAUCUUGGAAUCAAGGACAAUGGCAUCCCUUACUGAGAAGUAAACCCGCUGCCCUGUUGGGCAGAGGUGUCUGCUGCAUGGCGUCUGGGCAGGGGGGCCGACCGGAGGCCGGGGAAUCAGGGAGCUCUGGCCUGGCCAAACCUCUCUACCUGCAGCGCUUGGAAAGAUCCCUGAGGUUGGACAGUUUCCUGCGCCAGACUGCCGCCAUCUUCAAUGGAGAUAUAACCACCAGUGAUGAGAGUGAUGACAGCGAUGGAGGAUUGGGGACGGGGUUAUCCCUGGACGCCCCCACUCAGCAUGCAGCUGUGACCGUGAAGAGUGAGCCGUGUGAGGAAGAGGAUGGGCUCUCAGAGGAGAAGCCCCUCAACGGAGUCCUGCUGCAGGGUAAAGACCAAAAGGCAGAUAAUGCGAGUCUCUACAACUUCUCCAAGCUGAAGAAGAACAGGAAAUGGCUGAAGACUAUCCUUCUGAGUGACGACACCACGGACUCGGACACGGACUCGGAUGACUCUGACUUCAGUUUGUCCCGGGACGAGCUGCAGGACAUGCUGAGGCUCCAUCGCUUCACCAGGCAGCAUCAGAGCAAGUUCCACUCUGACCGGGAGCUUCACCAAUACCAGUACUACAGCACUGGACUCCUCUCUACUCAUGAUCCUUUCUAUGAGCAGCAGCGCCACCUGCUGGGCCCGAGGAAGAAGAAAAUCAAAGAUGAGAAGAAAUUCAAGGCAAAACUGAAAAAGGUGAAGAAGAAGAAGAAACGGGGAGAGGGGGACUUCCUGGAUGAUGGGCGUCCUUAUAUCACCAAGAUCUUCGCAAAGUUUUCCCAUGAUGCUCCACUGCCCGUAGUGAAGAAGAAGCAUCUCACCAUUGAGCAGCUGAACGCACGGCGGCGUAAAGUCUGGCUCACUAUCGCUAAAAAGGAGAUUCCCAAGACCUUCAAGCAGAAGACCUCUGCUAAGAACUUAGUAUUGACCAAUGCCAAAAAGUUGGCUCAUCAGUGCAUGAGAGAGGUCCGGCGCGCUGCCAUCCAGGCCCAGAAGAACUGCAAGGAGACGUUACCGCGGGCCCGCCGCCUCACCAAGGAGAUGAUGCUCUACUGGAAGAAAUACGACAAAGUGGAGAAGGAGCACAGGAAGAGGGCGGAGAAGGAGGCUCUGGAGCAGCGUAAACUGGACGAAGAGAUGAAAGAAGCCAAGCGUCAGCAGCGUAAACUGAACUUCCUCAUCACCCAGACGGAGCUGUAUGCUCACUUCAUGGGGGGUAAAGCCAGCAUGGGGGGUCCGGAGGGAGACACGGCUCAGGUGGAGAUUCUGAGGAAGCUGGAGGACAGUGCGGGUCUCAGACAGAUCGACAUCGGAGGAGGAGUGAUGGUCAAAAUGGGACAGGAGGAUUACGAUAGCAGUUACUACAAGUCCCAGGCGAUGAGGAAUGCUAAAGAAGCCUACCAGAUUCACCAAGAGAGAACGCGGAUGUUUGACGAGGAGGCGAAGGACAGCCGCUGUGCGUCACUGCACGCCGUUGUAGGCCCGUCCUCAGGCUCAGGGUUCGGAGAGAGCUACAGCCUCGCCAACCCCUCCAUCCACGCCGGCGAGGAGAUCCCUCAGCCCGCCAUGUUCGACGGCAAGCUCAAGGGUUACCAGCUCAAGGGCAUGAACUGGCUAGCCAACCUUUAUGAACAGGGAAUCAAUGGAAUCCUGGCAGAUGAGAUGGGACUGGGGAAGACGGUCCAGAGUAUCGCCCUGUUGGCUCACUUAGCAGAGAAGGACAACAUCUGGGGUCCCUUCCUGAUCAUCUCUCCUGCAUCCACGCUCAACAACUGGCAUCAGGAGUUCACUCGCUUCGUGCCCAGUUUCAAGGUGAGGAUCCCUUUUUUGAAAUUCUAUGAAGGGUUCAAAAACGGCCAGAAUUUCCAGAACCCUCCAUUAGAGGGCAGUGUUGCACCAGGACAUUGGUACCAUGACUCCAAAGCUAAAACCCUUUACACGCGAAAUGCCCCGUUCCAUGUGGUGAUCACCAGCUACCAGCUCGUAGUGCAGGACGUGAAGUACUUCCAGAGGGUCAAGUGGCAGUACAUGGUCCUGGAUGAGGCGCAGGCUCUGAAAAGCAGCACCAGUGUUCGGUGGAAAAUCCUUCUGCAGUUCCAGUGUCGAAACAGACUGCUGCUCACCGGGACGCCCAUCCAGAACACUAUGGCUGAGCUGUGGGCCCUGCUGCACUUCAUCAUGCCCACACUGUUUGAUUCCCACGACGAGUUUAACGAGUGGUUCUCCAGAGACAUCGAGAGCCACGCUGAAAACAAGUCUGCCAUCGAUGAGAACCAACUCUCCAGACUGCACAUGAUCCUCAAGCCUUUCAUGCUGCGCAGAAUCAAGAAGGAUGUGGAAAACGAGCUCUCAGACAAGAUUGAGAUCCUGACCUACUGCCAGCUGACGUCCCGGCAGAGGCUGCUCUACCAGGCUCUGAGGAACAAGAUCUCCAUUGAGGAUCUGCUGCAGUCCUCCAUGGGCUCGUCACAGCUGUCCCACAACACCACCUCCUCCCUCAUGAACCUGGUCAUGCAGUUCAGGAAGGUGUGUAACCACCCUGACUUGUUCGAGCGCCAGGAGACCCGCUCUCCGUACCACAUGUUCCUGAAACCCUACGUCAUGUCCAAGUUCCUCUACCGCCACGGCCUCAUCUACGCAUGCAACCAGUCCAAAAACAAAUUACUCCAAGUGCUGUUGUCUCCCUUCUCCCCCAAUCACAUCCAGCAGUCUCUUUUUCACAGAAAAGGUGACGACAAAGGAAGCUGUUUCUCCUUCCUGCGCUUCAUCGACGUCUCACCAGCUGAGAUGUCCAAUCUCAUGCUGCAAGGAACCUUAGUAAGGUGGUUAGCCCUUUUUCUGUCCCUCAAAGCUGCUUAUCGGCUCCACCAUCAGCGCCUGUUCGGCCUUGAAGAAGAAGAAGAGGGUCAGGAGGAAGCCGGAGACUCACUGGGGGAGAGAAGGGGGUCACAACCCAGGACUAAAGGUCUGUCUCGCAAGGACUUGAUCUUGUGGCUGAACAGACCCACCAAUUUCCCCAACGUGCAAACCAGCCCCGUCCUGCAGGACUUGGUGUUCACAGCCUUAAGACCGGGCAUGAUGGGACACACAGACGUGAUGAUCCACUGUCGAAGCUCCGCCACUUCCACGAUGCGGCCCUGCCAACCCACACCGCCACCCAAGUUCCUGCUAGCUGCCACGCCCAGGGUGACAGCAGUUCCAAUGGAGCGUUAUUGUGAUGACCGCAGUGCAGAGUAUGAGUGGCGGGUGACGCGCGGCGGGGGGGGCGCAGUCUUCAAACAGUGUUUCCUCUACGGCUCUCCUGAACUUGCCUCGGAUUGGCGUGUGAGGUCCAAUUCCUUCUACCCACAAUGCCCUGGGGGUGUGAUGGCCCUCUAUCCACGACAUGGAUGGUCCUACAUCCGGAUACCUGAUAAGGAGAGCCUGAUCACGGACAGUGGCAAGCUCCACACCUUGGAUAUCCUGUUGAGUCGGCUAAAGAACCAGGGACACAGAGUCCUCAUCUACUCCCAAAUGACCCGCAUGAUAGACCUGCUGGAG